AUGCCUACCACGAGGACAGGUCGACAGAGCUCGCCGAGCAAGGACCACGAAAGUCCUUCCAAGGUGCGUGUACAGCCCAUGCGUGGAGCUCGUCUACGGAGUGCUUCGCCUUUCUUUGAUGGCGCAAGUACAUCGACAAGUGCCGCCGUAUCACAGCAGUCCUCCCAUUCCUCGUCACCGGCCAAGGCCUCACCAUCCAAGUCCCCUCGGGUCUCUCCCAGAAAGAAAGCGGCUGCCACAUCUGCAUCGCUUCAGCCCCCGGUGAGACGCUCGACUCGCUCACGCUCGCGUUCUGUCGAUCCGGAACGUUUGUAUGCCAUCGAAGAGGCUUCCACUGCCGUCACGACACGCGUUGACUCCGAGGCGCCCGACUCGGAGGCUGAAGUGGCGCGGUCGAGUGUCAUUCGAUUGGAUCGUGCAAGCUCUACCCAUGACCAGGAAAAGGCCAGUCCCAGUCUUGCAUCUAUAUCCGAAGAAUCAGCUGCAACGCCUCUCUCAAAGGCAGAGAACGGCGCCAAGACGAGCUCCGCAAGUGACAUGUUAGACGGCUACUCGGACUCGAGCUUCGAUUCAGAUUCGGAUGACAGCUCAAGUUCCAAUUCGGACGGUUCGAGCUCAGCGUCAUCAUCCGAUGACGAGCAGGAAGAUGGUUCCGUAGCCACAUUGGACGAGCUUCUCAAAGCAUCACAACAAGCUUACAAGAGUCGGGCUCCUGCGCCUACCACUCAAAGUCAGUUCGAGGACAAUCAGGACCUCAUUUCAUUCAAUGCUGGCGCAGACCAUGCUCGAGACCUCCAGCGCUCCGGCAAGGCGAUGCCUCUUGUUGUCAGAGCCAAGCAUCAGAUAGCCAAAUUGCAAGGAAAAUCUGGUAAGCAGCCCAGCUCUUUCAAAGACAAGCUUGACGAACAGAUUCAGGCUCUCGACCAAGGAAAGCUCGUAACAGACAAGAAAAAGUCUAAGCAUGCUCGCACUGUUCAGACCUCGACAGGUUCCAGCUGGUUCGACAUGCCUGAGUUUGGCGCCUCGUCAUCACGUCUAGCUGCGCUCAGGAAGCAGUCGGCAGCUGACAGUGGUCACUCGAAAGUCACGGGUGGUGAUGCGCGACUCGCCUCUGCCGAGCAGCUUCGUCGUGAGGUGCAGGCGCUUCGACUGCGAAACGCACUCGACCCCAAACGAUUCUACCGUGCCUCAGCCAAGAACCAGGCCAUGCCUAAAUUUGCACAGCUAGGCAAGAUCAUCGCCUCGCCGCUUGAACCCAAGGCGGUCUUGUCUCGUCAGGAGAGGGGACGCACUGUUGUCGAGGAGCUCAUCCGCGACGCUGAAGCUGCUUCGUACGCCAAGCGCAAAUUCGCCGAGUCACAAGCCAGCCACCGCUCCAACUAUAAUGGCCGUUCCAAACCUCCUACCAAGAAGAAGCGAACAUGA